UUUGUUUGUCAACAAACUCUCGCAAUUUAUUUUCCUUCAUCGUAAUUUUAAUCUAUAAACAAUUAGAAAAAUGUGUCACAUUGUCAAACUCGUGUGCCUCACGGUACUUCUGCUCGUCACAGUCCAAUCCUUACGAGAUGACCACUACUUUUACGAGAUGAGCCCUCUUACCGAACUGGGAAGAUAUCUGAACCAGUCCGAGACAGACUUUGAAACCAAGAUGAAACCGGUUUGCUCAUGUCAAAGUUUACCAUUUAGGACGAAUUACACGGACGAAUAUUGCUAUUGUACUUUGGGAUGCCCCAUCCCUGAACACCCCUUCACCCAGGAACUCCUCUUGCCAUCAGAGUCAGUCAAAUGUUUCCGUAAUGUAACGACACCCCUCGAGAUGAAGGGUCGUGUAAGGUCGAAACCACUUUUUCCGUACUUUUGUCACCGACCGGAACAAAUCAUGGACGGAUCGGCAAGGUGGUUUGCAUUCCUCUGCAUCCACGACUUCAGCCUGAAUCACGUCCGGCAUUUCUUCGACAUAAAUCCGGGAUGGAGUUCGAAACUCGAAAAGGAGGAGAAGAGGCAUGAGAAAUAUGGGUGGCGAAAUGACAAUAAGGAACAAAAUCAACCACCCGAAUCUGAAAGGGAAAGUCGGAGAGGAAAUGGGAGAAAUGUUAAUGCUCUUGACCUCUUGACAAGUCUCGAUGCAAAGGAGGAGGUCAAGAUCCCAAGCGGAAUCCAGGUUUUGGGAAAUAUCAAUUUUACUAUGGAGCAGGAAAAUGAAGCUUUUCACCUAAUCCGUGUCCUCACGCCAAUCAAUUUCACAAUUUCAGUGCCAACCCGGUGCUCUCGUCAGGCUGGUGAUGGCCGCGCAUUUAGAGAAUGCACCAAACUCAUCAGACUCCUCGGCGGAAAUUGUACGCUAUUGAAGGACGGAGUUUUAAUCGCGGCUAGAAUUUUUGCCUUCACUCUGACCAAUGCCACCAGCCCCCUGAGAGACGUGAGAAAUGUUGACAUCGGGAAAGGAGGAAACGAAACGACGACCACCACCACGUCAGAUUUGAAUGACACUUCCUCCUCCUCCUCCUGCGAAUCGAUUCCUGUGGAUGGAACGAUAACCGAGGUGCGGUAUCGAGACGGCAGUAUAGGCGUGUAUGUAAGGUUUGACAGAUAUCUGGAGGCGGGUAGCAACGUGGACAACGAUUUCCCCGUGAAAUUCUCCUUCAAUCGGGCCGACAUUUCGAACCAGGACUUUGCCAACUUGCCGAGAUUUUGGAACAAUUUCCUCUACGCCAAAUGCCCCUCGCAGUACUGUUGGCGAGAUUUGGGGAAAUUUGGCUUGCUCGAUGAUCCCUCGGCCUGGAGGAUGACCAACCUGGACGACCUCAUCGUCAAACACUUCGCCACCUGGAUUGUCCUCCCCCUCGUCCCAGUCAUAACCUACUUUCUCGUCCAGGCCACAUUACUCUAAUUACGCAACAACCACUCACCAAUUACAAAUUUCCAAUAAAAACACCCCAUUUUACCCUGUGUCGCAAACCAUUAGAAUCUCAUCCCUCCCACUUCUUCACUGAAAUGAAUGUCCCCUCACCUCACUCCAUAAAUUGGUGGGUGAAACAUCUACGUACCAAUAAUCGAUCCGGUAAUGUGUCUUAUCAAAUUUAGUGUAAGUUAAUCGGGUCAAAUGUCACGGCCAGUUAUGUAUUAUGUAUUUUGUGUAUGAUUAAUUAGACGUCAUUCCGUCUCGUGUUGUUGUGUUGUGUUAUUUUUUCCUCGGCAGAAUAAAGUCGUGGAGCUGGUAUGGUCUUCUAAAGUGAGCUUAUUGCGUUAAUGGGGAUCGAUUUUUGCUCCCGUACGUACUCCGUUUUUCGAAAUGCCGUCGUCAAUAGAACCAAACCAAACCAAACCACGAGGCAACAGGAAGAAGAGAAAGUUUUUCCUGCUGCUUUGUUCUCAUGCAUGAAUUGAACGGUGGUGGUGGUGGUGGUGGUUUGUAAAGACCCGGCAGGUGGGCCUUCUCUUUUUGGCAGGAAUAGGCCAAAUUGGAAAUGAUGUGAAAGUGAAGAGCGUGGAGAAAGGGGUAAAAAAGCAGCCGACUCCAGUUACAGACAGAGAUAGGAGAGGAGAGAGGAGCACAAAGAGAGAAAUGUAAUGCGAAACAUCACUCAGUCAGCAGAAUAUUAAUGUUUGGACAGAACAAGAACGAGGAGAACAGAACUGAACGGAGAGGACAGAAGAAAAAGUCCUUCACGAUAGACCAAGUGCACUCAAAAAAGGUCCGUGCAGACGGGAUGGGAUGGACAGAGGGUGGAUAUGUAUGUUUUCGACUUUGAAUUUCAUGACGAUCGAUGGUCAAGAUUUGUGGGAAGUGUUCCCUAAAUCUUAUGGAGGACAAAAGUUUCAAAAUAAUGUUACAUGUUUCUAGAUUUUGAGACAUUCUUCAGAAAUAUUUCCGCUAUUUGACAAAUAUGUAAAUUUUUUUAGAUAUUUUUUAUAAAUCCAUAAUUUUGUAAGCAUUUCAAGAAUGUGAUAAGACAUGUUUUUGCUUAAAGAAAUUGGAUCGUAACAAAAUCCACAUCAAAAACUAUAAAUUUAGUUAAAAUCCUUAUUUUUUUCGUACAUAUUUCGCAAAUAUUGUACCAUUGUUUUAUAAAUAUAUUUCAGCGAUUUUCCGUACAUACAUAUCCGCCCUGUGAUCUCGAUCUAUUUUCAUGCAUACAUAUGUAAUCGAAUAGCAAGCCCUGCAGGUGGCCGAUUUCGUAAUAUUAAUACCAUCGUCCAGAAUUGCGAUUCAUGGCGUUAUGUAUUUCGUUCCGAUUGUUUUACAUAAAUAAUAGUUUUACGUGUGCAACGUAUUUACUGAUUGGAUUCGAAUUAUUUUCUCCACGUGAAUCAAAUUAUAUGAAAAACCAGUCAUGAAAACAGCCACCUGCCACGGACAGAUUUUGCAUGGAAGAAGAAAUCCUUUUCUAUUUUUUGAUUAAAAAUCCAUGUGUAUAGAUUUGUAUUUAAUUGUCUUCGUACUAAAUUAAAUUAAACUGUGUGUAUAUUUUACAGAGAGAGAAAGAGAGCUAUGUAUGUUUUAAUGGGUAAAUAAUACUACACAAUUAUUUACAUAAUUCAUUACCUGUCCUCUAAUCUAAAUAUGUUAUUAACAAGUAUAAAGGUCUCAGUAGAUAAAAUAUUUCCUUUUUUCUCCUACGUAAUAUUGUACAGUGUAGAACAGUCGGUUUUGUGUAAUCGUAAAUAAAAAGCGAGAUGCGAACAAAAAAACUUAACGUUACAGUUUAAAAAAAA